AAGUUGUUUUGUGAAGUAUUAUUUUGUGGUUAAAGAAAAUUUGUAUAAAAUGCAACUAUAUUCUAGGGUACAAAAGUGAAAAACGUAAUCAUUGCAUAUUUAUUAGCAUACUCUAGAUCUUUUAAUUGUAUUCUUCAGUUCUCGAGUGUUGAAUUGAAAAAAAAGUUUAUACAAUCGAUAGUUACAAUUGAAGUUUACUUUUUCAACUGAUGAAAUGCAUGUCUGAUGAAAUUGAAUUAGAUAUGUAUCUUCACAACCGAUGUAGUGCAUCGGAAGUGUAUCCGGUCCACAUUUAUAUGAAUGAUGAAACGAUUGAGGAGAUACAAUAUGCUGUUCCCAGAAGGAAUGAACAUACAAUCUCAUCUCAUAUAUGGGAGUCAAGCUGUUCAGAGCUACGUAGCUUCGAACCAUCCCAGGAAUCCUCCGAGUACUACGAAGAGUAUUCAUUAUCAUCUGAGUAUGAAGAUGCGUUAGUGGACGAUUGCAAAAAUGGAAAUAUUCUGUCUCUUACCAGUGUAAUACGGAACGCUGUUCGCAAGGCAGGUGUGGAAAUGGAAAAGGCGAAACGACGUGUCUCACGACAAUUCUUAACUAAUUUAAAUAUCGCUCAGCUUCGUUUAAUUGUUAACGAUCUACAGAGGUAUACUGAAUUGUUAAAUGACGAACUGGUACAGUUACUAAUGAAACGUGAUGAGUUACAAAUGAGUCAAGAUGCAACAUUGAUUGACAUAGAAGAUCUAUCGCUAUAUUUUUAAAAUUAUAUCUUUUUACCUCAGAAACAAAACUUGAUUUUCAGUUAUACUUCAGAACCCUGUAUAUGAGUCAUUGUAUUUCAACGAACAUAAAAUCAAAACUUCACUAUUUUUUAUUAUGUUAUGUUAUAAUAUGUCUAUGGGAUAUGGGGUUUAAAAAUAAUGUUUUACGGAUCAGAGUUAGAACAUCAAAAUGAUUUGUUAUUUUAACCUCAAAUAAGUUCUUGCUAGUGGAUACUAGUGUUUUAUAUGCCAUUCACAAGAUGUCCAGAAUUUUUAAAAUUAAGUAGCACAAUAAAAUUCUCAGAAAAUACACAUUCAGGCACAAAACUCAACAUGUUUAACGAUAGAAAAAAGUUAUUUUCAAUUCCGUGGAAUGAUUCCAAACUUGCUUAUAGUACUCACCGAUAGAUGCGCUACAAUUUAAAACUACAUGCACGAUGUUUUCGUACCAACAUCUUUUGGAUUACUUGUGCAAGAUCUCAAUAGAUUACAUUUCUAUCUGAAUUUUAGAUAUUUCGAAAUAGAAUAUGUUCAUCGGAUAGAUGUAGAAAUUGUAUCAUAGGUCUAACAGACCUAUGAAUAAAUUCAUCAAUAGUAUUUAGUUUCGUAAAACUCUCGCUAUGCAACACUGAACUAUAAAAAUGCUUCUUAAACGUUGUUAACAUUUUAUUAUAUUUGAUAACAAGAAUAAAAAGCGUAUUUAUAUAUGUAAUGUUAUUAUAAUGAAACCGAAUCUGCUAAAAAAUAAAGAAAACGUUCCGUUAAA